AUGGUUUCUCUUGAAGUAUAUCAAGAGCAAUUUCACAAGUUGAAAGAGAUUGAAGAUGGGAAGGACGGACUUAUCGAGAAAUUAUUUCUUCGCAUCAAAGAGGUAGAAAAUAGUCUGACAGAAACGAAAUUACAUCUAGAGCGUGAACAAGAUACUGCGAAAUUGUACCAGUCGAAAUUCUCGGAUCUGCAGAUGCAUAUUGGGAGAAUCGAGGAGAGGAUUGAUGCAAAUGGUUUUGUGUCGGUUUUGAUUGAUGGUGAUUGCAUGACGUUUUGCGAUGAUCUUAUCAAAUGUUCUCAGCAAGGAGGAUUAGAGGCAGUUCAUCGUUUAAGGACUCAAGCAUCCGAGUAUAUUUCGAAGGAGCUUGGGUUACCAAGCCAAACCUCAAUCCGCGUUCGGAUAUAUGUAAAUAAGAAAGGUUUGGCAUCGGCAUACUGCUAUAAUGGAAUCCUGGAUAGUGCAGAUGAUCUUGAUAUGUUUGUUCGUGGUUUUAACAUGGGACAUACCAUGUGCGAUUUCGUGGAUGCGGGUGAUGGGAAAGAGUGUGCAGAUUCGAAGCUGAAAGAGUGUUUCAGCCGCGAUAUGGUCGAUGUUCAGUGCCGCGUAAUCAUAUUCGGCGGGUCGGCUGAUAAUGGCUAUGCGCGACUUCUCCAACCGUAUGUAGGAGAUCAUGCGAAGAGUAGUCGAAUCAUUUUACUAGAAGGACCCCCGUUUGCCAAAGAACUAGCAGUACUAAAAGACAAGUUUCUUGUGAUGCAUCUCCCGGGUCUCUUCAGAAACACAAAGCUACCGGCCCGGCGAGUAUCAUUCUCAAAGACGCCCCCUCUAGUUUCAAACCCGAACAUUCCAAGCUAUACCGCAACAAUUGCGAGCUCUGUUGAUACAGAUACGAUCGGUGCAGAGGAAGCCUGUGAACAUUUCGUUAGCGUUCCCGCAAGUAUGUCCAGCACUGUACUGCGAAACAGUAAAGGGCAGCGUCUCGAUGCCGUCAUCAGCCCACCCCGAUCACUCGUAAAUAUGAUGAGGAACAUGAAACACUGUAACAUGUUCCAUAUUCUGGGAGAAUGUCCAUAUGACCAAUGCAGCUUUUUGCAUGGCGCAAGACUUGACAAGAAAGGAAUUGAAGCUCGACGAUUCAUCUCACGCUACGCACCAUGUUCGUCUAAGUUGAAGUGCCAAGAUGAAAGAUGCUUGUUGGGACAUCAGUGCCCUGAAAAGAUGUGUGCAAAGACCGGAAAAGGUUGUCGUUUUACCAAGGAGAUGCAUAAUGUGGAUAGGUCUUGA